CCACCCCGGGACUCAAAAUUCAUUCCCUACGCCGUUUGCUGUGCACCCUGACAUCGUACAAAAUGUCCAGCCCGAAAGCUGAUAUUGCUCUGAUCGGUUUGGCCGUGAUGGGACAAAAUUUGAUCCUCAACAUGGAUUCGAAGGGUUUCGUCGUUUGUGCCUACAAUCGUACUGUUGAUAAGGUCACCCAUUUUCUGGAGAAUGAAGCAAAAGGUACCAACAUCAUUGGGGCCACCUCGCUGCAAGAUAUGGUGAACAAGCUGAAGAAACCGCGCAAGAUCAUGAUGCUGGUUAAAGCCGGCAGCGCAGUAGAUGAUUUCAUCAAUCAGUUGCUUCCGCUGAUCGAGAAGGGCGACGUGAUCAUUGACGGUGGAAACUCGGAACACCAGGAUUCGGCCCGCCGUUAUGAGGAGCUUAAGGCCAAGGGUAUCCUGUACGUGGGUUCGGGCGUGAGCGGUGGAGAAGAAGGUGCACGCUAUGGACCUUCUCUCAUGCCCGGUGGACAUCCUGAUGCUUGGCCGUUGAUUAAAGAUAUUUUCCAGGCAAUUUGCGCCAAAUCGAAUGGCGAUCCUUGCUGCGAAUGGGUCGGUGAAGGAGGUGCUGGUCACUUUGUAAAGAUGGUCCACAACGGUAUCGAGUACGGUGAUAUGCAGCUGAUCUGUGAAGCAUACCAUCUGAUGCUGGCGCUCGGCAUGACGCAAAAGGAGAUGGCACAGGAAUUUGAUGAAUGGAACAAGGGUGUGUUGGACUCAUUCUUGAUCGAAAUUACCCGCGACAUUCUGAACUAUCGUGACGAGGAAGGCUAUUUGCUGGAACGUAUUCGUGAUACGGCUGGACAGAAGGGUACGGGCAAGUGGACGGCAAUCGCUGCCCUCCAUCAUGGCGUACCGGUCACGUUGAUUGGUGAAGCUGUCUUCUCGCGGUGUCUGUCUGCGUUGAAGGAAGAACGUGCCCGUGCUAGCAAACAACUUGCAGGACCGAGCACUAAAGCGUCCGUAGCGGAUCGGAAACAAUUCCUUACCCACAUCCGCAACGCACUGUACUGUGCGAAGAUCGUUUCGUACGCCCAAGGUUUCAUGCUUCUGCGGGAGGCGGCCAACGAGUACAAGUGGAACCUUAACUAUGGUGGUAUUGCGCUGAUGUGGCGUGGAGGUUGCAUUAUCCGUAGUGUGUUCCUGGGCAACAUUCGUGAUGCGUUUGUGCGCAAUCCACAGCUGUCGAAUUUGUUGCUGGAUGAUUUCUUCAAGAAAGCCAUGAUGGAUAACCAGCAGUCGUGGCGUGAGGUGGUUAGCCAGGCAGUUCUGUGGGGUGUGCCAGUGCCUGCCCUUUCUGCAGCGCUUGCUUUCUUCGAUGGGUACCGGUCGGAACGGUUGCCCGCUAAUUUGCUGCAGGCUCAGCGUGAUUAUUUCGGUGCUCAUACGUACGAGCUGCUAGGUAAGGAGGGCAAGUUCGUACACACCAACUGGACCGGUAAGGGUGGCAAUGUUUCGGCCAGUACCUAUUUGGCUUAA